CAUUAUUUCCCUAAAUAAAAGAAAUUAGCAGCCAUCUUUCCUAAAAAAGCCUCACCCCUUGUGCACAGCCUUUAUCGGUGCCUGCUCGCGAGCCCCCUCCUGGCAUCCCAUGGGUUAAUAGCCGGGGUGCGAAGAAAGGGAUCACGAUUGCAAUAUAAACUGCAGUCAAUCAGGGGGAGGGGGCCAUGAGAGGGCCACUGGGGAACGAAGAGGAUCCGAUGGAGGACAUGGAGAAUGAAGACAUGUCAGAGGAUGAAGAUCUGGGUAUGGAGGCCAUAGAUGACUUCUUUCCUGAAGAACAGGUCACCAUUCAAAAAAGAAAAAAGUCCAAAAAGUCUAAGGAAAAUAAAGUGACCAAGACAAAAAGAAGGAAAAAAGAGGGAAGUGAUGAGGAUCCAUCAGAAAUUGAAGAUGAGAUCGAGAUGGAGAAGUCAGAAAGUGAUGGCAGUGACUACUCCCCCAAUAAGAAAAAGAAGAAAAAAAUGAAGGAGAAGAAAGAGAAGAAAUCAAAACGAAAAAAGAAGGAUGGAGAAGAUGAAGACAAUGAAGAAGGAUGUGUAAAGGAGCCAAAGACCUCAGCACAGCUGAUGGAGGAAUGGGGACUGGACAACGUGGACUAUGCCUUCUCCGAGGAAGACUACCAUACACUGACCAAUUACAAGGCAUUCAGUCAGUUUCUCAGACCUUUAAUAGCAAAGAAAAACCCUAAGAUUCCAAUGUCCAAGAUGAUGACCGUGCUGGGCGCCAAAUGGCGGGAAUUCAGUGCCAAUAACCCGCUAAAGGGCAGCUCGGCAGCUGCGGCUGCUGCUGCUGUGGCUGCUGCUGUUGAGACUGUGGCAGUUGCUACUCCGCUGUUAGUUCCUCCUCCACCAUCUGCUCAACCGCCUCCUAUAAGAAAGGCCAAGACCAAGGAAGGGAAAGGGCCCGGUGUUAGGAAAAAAUCUAAAUCCAAAGACUCAAAGAAGAAAGGAAAAGGAAAGAAACUUGCAAAUCUGAAGUUUAAAUUUGGAGGCAUGGCAAGCAAAAGGAGAAAAGGCUCUUCGAGUGAAGAGGACGAGAGAGAGGAGUCGGACUUUGACAGCUCCAGUAUCAACAGCUCCUCUAUCCGGUCGGAUAUUCUAGCAAAGAAAGGAAAACGAGGGAAGAAAAAAAGUAAAAGGAUUGAAGUUGGAGAAGGAGACGGAUAUGAAACAGACCACCAGGACUACUGCGAAGUCUGUCAGCAGGGAGGAGAGAUAAUACUUUGUGACACGUGUCCUCGUGCCUAUCACCUUGUCUGCCUGGACCCAGAGCUGGAGAAAGCCCCUGAGGGCAAGUGGAGCUGUCCUCACUGCGAGAAAGAAGGCAUCCAAUGGGAGCCAAAGGAAGAAGAGGAGGAUGAAGAGGAUGCUGGAGAGGAAGAGGAUGAAGAAGAUGACCAUAUGGAGUUUUGUCGUGUCUGUAAAGAUGGAGGGGAGCUCCUGUGUUGUGACACUUGCCCCUCCUCCUACCAUUUGCACUGUCUUAACCCACCUUUGCCUGAAAUACCAAACGGGGAAUGGUUAUGCCCGCGCUGCACUUGUCCGCCUUUAAAAGGCAAAGUUCAAAGGAUUCUUCAUUGGGUAUGGAGAGAACCCCCUACAUGCAUAUCAGGACCUCCAGAUGAGAUCGAUCCACUGAUGCCACCUCCAAAGCCCAUGGAAGGCAUUCCGGAACGUGAAUUUUUUGUCAAGUGGGCAGGACUCUCCUAUUGGCACUGCUCAUGGGUGAAGGAGUUACAGCUCGAGCUUUACCACACAGUGAUGUUCCGGAAUUACCAAAGAAAGAACGACAUGGAUGAUCCACCUCCGUUUGAUUAUGGAUCAGGGGAUGAGGAAGGCAAGAGUGAGAAACGGAAAACGAAAGACCCUGAAUAUGCAAAAAUGGAAGAGAAGUAUUAUCGAUAUGGCAUAAAGCCGGAGUGGAUGAUGAUACACCGGAUAAUGAACCACAGCUUUGAUAAGAAGGGAGAUGUUCAUUAUCUGAUUAAGUGGAAGGACCUGCCCUAUGACCAGUGCACUUGGGAAAUUGACGACAUUGACAUUCCAGAUUAUGAAGCUCUAAAACAAGCCUAUUGGGAUCACAGAGAGUUGAUGUUGGGAGACGACUCCAGAACUCCUAGCCAAUUUAAGAAAAACAGGAAAUUAAAGGAAGACCUUUCACAGAAACCUCCUUUAACACCGAUAGUUGAUCCUACAGUUAAAUUCGAUAAGCAGCCAUGGUACAUCAAUGCCACCGGUGGUACGUUGCACCCAUAUCAACUGGAGGGAUUGAACUGGCUUAGGUUCUCAUGGGCACAGGGCACAGACACCAUCCUUGCAGACGAGAUGGGUCUUGGGAAGACUGUCCAAACUAUCGUGUUCCUCUACUCCUUGUAUAAAGAGGGCCAUUCUAAAGGUCCUUACCUUGUCAGUGCUCCCUUGUCCACAAUCAUCAACUGGGAGCGGGAGUUUGAAAUGUGGGCACCGGAGUUCUACGUGGUCACUUACACCGGUGAUAAGGACAGCCGCGCCGUCAUCAGAGAGAAUGAAUUCUCCUUUGAGGACAAUGCCAUCAAGAGCGGGAAGAAGGUGUUUCGAAUGAAAAAAGAAGCGCAAAUAAAAUUCCACGUGCUCCUCACAUCUUAUGAGCUCAUUACCAUUGACCAUGCCAUUCUGGGCUCCAUUGAAUGGGCAUGUCUUGUGGUGGAUGAAGCUCACCGACUGAAAAACAACCAGUCAAAAUUCUUUAGGGUAUUAAAUAGCUACAAGAUUGACUACAAACUGCUGCUAACUGGAACCCCGCUGCAGAAUAACCUGGAGGAGCUCUUCCACCUUCUUAACUUCCUCACUCCUGAAAGAUUCAACAAUCUGGAUGGCUUCCUGGAAGAAUUUGCUGACAUCUCUAAGGAAGACCAAAUUAAAAAACUUCAUGACUUACUAGGGCCUCACAUGCUGCGGAGGCUGAAAGCAGAUGUCUUCAAGAACAUGCCAGCCAAAACAGAAUUAAUAGUGCGAGUGGAGCUUAGCCAAAUGCAGAAGAAGUAUUAUAAGUUCAUUUUAACCAGAAAUUUUGAAGCCUUGAAUUCCAAAGGAGGUGGAAACCAGGUCUCCUUGCUGAAUAUAAUGAUGGAUUUAAAGAAGUGCUGCAACCACCCGUACCUCUUUCCUGUUGCUGCUGUGGAGGCUCCAGUCUUGCCAAAUGGAUCUUAUGAUGGGAGUUCCUUAGUGAAAUCGUCUGGAAAAUUGAUGCUGCUACAGAAGAUGUUGAAAAAGUUAAAGGAUGAAGGACACAGAGUCCUCAUUUUUUCACAGAUGACUAAAAUGCUGGAUUUACUUGAAGACUUUCUUGAGUAUGAAGGCUAUAAGUACGAGCGAAUAGACGGAGGAAUUACAGGAGGGCUGCGUCAGGAGGCAAUUGACAGGUUUAAUGCUCCAGGUGCUCAGCAGUUUUGUUUUUUAUUGUCUACCCGAGCUGGAGGAUUAGGAAUAAAUUUAGCUACUGCAGAUACUGUCAUUAUUUAUGACUCAGACUGGAACCCGCACAACGAUAUACAGGCUUUCAGCCGUGCUCACAGAAUCGGGCAGAAUAAAAAAGUCAUGAUAUAUCGGUUUGUCACCAGAGCCUCCGUAGAGGAAAGGAUUACCCAGGUGGCAAAGAGGAAAAUGAUGCUGACCCAUCUAGUAGUACGGCCAGGUCUGGGGUCCAAAUCCGGCUCCAUGUCAAAGCAGGAACUGGACGAUAUCUUGAAAUUUGGAACAGAAGAGCUUUUCAAGGAUGAUGUUGAAGACCAUCACUGUGGCAACUUAACCAUAUGCAAGAAAACUGGUGACAAUAAGGACGUUGAAGACAGCAGUGUCAUCCAUUAUGAUGAUGGUGCCAUCUCAAAACUUCUGGAUAGAAACCAGGACGCCACCGAGGACACAGAAAUCCAGAACAUGAAUGAAUAUCUGAGUUCUUUCAAAGUGGCGCAGUAUGUCGUGCGAGAAGAUGACGGAGUGGAGGAGGUUGAACGGGAAAUUAUUAAACAAGAAGAGAAUGUCGAUCCUGAUUAUUGGGAGAAGCUCCUUCGUCAUCAUUAUGAACAGCAGCAGGAAGAUCUGGCAAGGAAUCUUGGAAAAGGAAAAAGAAUCCGCAAGCAAGUGAACUACAACGAUGCUUCACAGGAGGACCAAGAAUGGCAAGAUGAACUUUCUGACAACCAAUCAGAAUAUUCCAUUGGUUCAGAGGAUGAAGAUGAAGACUUUGAAGAGAAGCCUGAAGGUCAGAGUGGGAGGAGACAAUCUCGUAGACAACUGAAAAGUGACAGAGACAAGCCUCUUCCUCCGCUUCUUGCUCGGGUUGGAGGAAACAUUGAGGUUCUUGGGUUUAAUGCUCGACAACGCAAGGCCUUCUUAAAUGCUAUAAUGAGGUGGGGGAUGCCCCCACAGGAUGCCUUUAAUUCACACUGGCUUGUCCGGGAUCUCCGAGGAAAGAGUGAGAAAGAAUUUAGGGCAUACGUAUCUUUAUUUAUGAGACACCUCUGUGAGCCUGGAGCGGAUGGGGCAGAAACCUUUGCCGAUGGUGUUCCUAGAGAAGGACUUUCUCGACAACAUGUCCUCACCAGAAUUGGAGUCAUGUCACUAGUUCGAAAGAAGGUUCAGGAAUUUCAACAAGUCAAUGGCAAAUACAGUACACCGGAUAUGAUUCCUGAGGGUGCAGAGAACAAGAAAUGCUUUGAAGUUGUUUCAUCAGAUCCAACCACACCAGUUCCAGCAAGUCCUGCCCCCCUACCACCAGGAACAGCCCCCGUGCCAGAAAAAGUAGAAACACAGAGUACAGUGUCCGAGGAGAUGGAAGCUGUGGAGCAGAAGACCACACCUUUGGAAGUUCAGCCAUCAACCAAGUUGGAGAAGGAAGAUGUUGAGGAAAAGUCAGAAUGUCAAGAACUCAAAGAAAAGCAAAAAAAGGAAUCUGCAGAGGCGGAGGAUGAGAAAGAGAUUGUGAACCAGAGUCCCAAAGCUGAAGUCCCUCAAGAAGAAAAGCCCUCAGACAAGACGGGACUAAGUAAUGCACCAAAUAAAGUGGAAGACAAUGAACCAAAAUCAGAGGAGGAGAGUAAACUAGACGACAAGGAGGAAAUUGUGAAUCGACAGAAUGGAGACAACUGUAUAAAACAAGAAGAAGAAGAAGGAAAACAAGAAGAUAGUGGAAAAUUUAAAUUUAUGUUUAAUAUUGCUGAUGGUGGUUUUACAGAGCUUCACACAUUAUGGCAAAAUGAAGAAAGAGCUGCCGUUUCUUCGGGCAAAAUCUAUGACAUAUGGCACAGGCGACAUGAUUACUGGUUACUAGCCGGAAUUGUGACACACGGCUAUGCUCGCUGGCAGGAUAUCCAAAAUGACCCUCGCUACUUAAUUCUAAAUGAGCCUUUUAAAUCCGAGAUCCACAAGGGAAACUACCUGGAAAUGAAGAACAAAUUCCUCGCUCGGAGAUUUAAGCUGCUGGAACAGGCGUUAGUCAUUGAAGAGCAGCUUCGAAGAGCUGCAUAUCUCAAUAUGACCCAGGAUCCAAACCACCCAGCCAUGGCACUAAAUGCCCGACUGGCCGAAGUGGAGUGCCUUGCUGAGAGCCAUCAGCAUCUCUCCAAAGAGUCCCUAUCGGGGAACAAGCCUGCUAAUGCUGUUCUACACAAAGUUCUGAACCAAUUAGAGGAGUUGUUAAGUGACAUGAAAGCUGAUGUGACGCGGUUGCCUUCCAUGCUGUCUAGGAUACCGCCCGUGGCUGCUCGCCUACAGAUGUCUGAACGCAGUAUACUUAGCAGGUUGACCAACCGCGGAGGUGAUGCCACAGUCCAGGGAACAUUUGGAUCCACGCAGAUGUACAGCAACAACUUUGGCCCAAAUUUCCGAGGACCUGGUCCGGGCAGUAUUGUGAACUACAACCAGAUGCCCCUCGGGCCUUACGUGACCGCAUCGAAUGGAACCCACCACCCAUGCUACCCGGACAGGAAAUCCAUAGAGUCGUUGAUGGACAGUGCCAGUUUAGAGCGGAAGGGGAGACCACACGACAUCAUUUUUAUUGAAGACUAAAUCUACAGCCCUGAAGCAAGAGACAGCCAUAUCCACAUUUCUAGUGUCCUACAAAAUACCGAACCAUCCAACGAACUUCUUGAUUAAACGAAAGAAUAAAUAAAUAUCAGGAUUUAAUUUCCUUGUACAUUUUUUGCACUUUCUUAUUGAAGACUUGAAGAGUUUGUCUUGUUACAAGUUGAAAUACACCUGGAGGGUAAUACUGGACUCUUUCUGUUUUUGUCUCAUCAGAGGAAACCAGUUUGUUGUCAAGGAACCAACCUAUAUGCAGCCUUUUCACUUUGUUAAACCUUUUAUGCCUUUUUAGUUUUUGUUUCUUGGAGCUGCAUGCACUUAUUUGGCUCUUCGGAUGACAUUAGCUGGUCACGGUUAAAUCCAUUGGCCACAGCCAUCAACAUGACUGGAGUAUUGAGCAACUGUUCCGCUACCACAGAUACAGAAUGACUGAUAUUACAAGUUUCCUGGUGUAUUUUAAAUUUUUUUUUGCCAAAAGCAAGAGCUGCCUAUUGUGCUCGUCUUUCUGUCCAUAUAUUAUUCAAUAAACAA